UUGGAUUACUCUGGCAGGUUUCAUAGACCCUCUCCCUCCCUCGCUCCCCCUUCUUAAAGGAAAUUCCAUAACAACCUUCACAGAGAAUGAGAGAAAUUUAUUCCGCAACACUUAUGAUCUCGUCCAUCUUAUUCAUUGUUUUUCUUGUACAAUUGCUUGUAUGCAAGAAGAAGAGCAAGGAAAAGACAAGGUACAAAUUGCCACCAGGUAGUCGAGGCUGGCCAUUGAUUGGUGAUAGCUUCAACUGGUACAAUGCUGUUGCUGGUUCUCAUCCCCCUCAAUUUGUUCACCAACAAGUCAAUAGGUUUGGUAAGAUAUUCUCAUGCAGUUUGUUCGGAAAAUGGGCUGUGGUAUCAGCAGACCCGACCUUUAACCGGUUUAUAAUGCAAAAUGAAGGCAAAUUGUUUCAAUCAAGUUAUCCAAAAUCUUUUAGAGAUUUGGUUGGGAAAAAUGGGCUGAUCACGGUCCAAGGAGAGCAACAACGAAAGCUUCAUGGAAUUGCAUCUAAUAUGAUGCGUCUAGAGAAGCUUAAGUUCCAUUUCUUGGAUAAUAUUCAAUUGAUUAUGCUUCAAACUUUGAACAAACUUGACAACAACCAAGUCAUUCUUCUCCAAGAUGUUUGCAGAAAGGUAGCUAUUAAUCUGAUGGUGAAUCAACUACUUGGGGCAUCAAGUGAGACAGAAAUUAACGAGAUGGCUCACUUCUUCUCUGACUUUGUCGAUGGUUGUCUAUCUCUUCCCAUAAAUAUUCCUGGUUUUGCCUACCACACUGCCAUGAAGGUAAACUCUGAAAUGUUGAGUUUAUGGAGUAUCAUAUUAUAUAAUAUAUGUAUAUUGUUAGUGAUGUAGAGAGUACAUGUCAUGGCUUGGUAGGCAAGGGAGAAAAUUAUAAGAAAGAUAAACAAGACAAUAGAGAAGCACGGGCAAGAAGAGUCAUCAGAAGGUGGUAAUGGGGUGCUUGGAAGGCUAUUAGAGGAAGAAAGUUUGCCUGAUAAUGCAGUAGCAGACUUUAUUAUCAAUCUCCUUUUUGCUGGGAAUGAAACAACAGCUAAAACCAUGCUUUUUGCUGUUUAUUUCGUCACUCGGUGUCCAAAAGCAAUGCAGCAACUACUGGAUGAACAAGAUAGUAUAAGGAGUAAUUCUAGUGGAGACGGAAUGCUAACAUGGCAAGAUUACAAAGCAAUGUCUUUUACUCAGUGUGUUAUUGAUGAAACGCUUCGACUAGGGGGGAUUGCAAUAUGGCUAAUGAGGGAGGCCAAGCAAGAUGUGGUAUACCAAGAUUAUGUGAUUCCGAAAGGGUGCUUUGUGGUUCCAUUUCUUUCAGCGGUUCACUUGGAUGAAAAUUUGUACAAGGGAGCUAGCACAUUCAAUCCUUGGAGAUGGAUGGAGCCUGAAAAUCAAGAAAAGAGAAAUUGGAGAAGCAGCCCAUUCUACUGUCCCUUCGGAGGAGGUGCUCGGUUUUGUCCGGGAGCAGAGUUGUCUCGUCUCCAAAUUGCUAUCUUUCUUCACUACUUUGUUACUACAUUUACAUGGACGCAGCUCAAGGAAGAUAAGAUGUCCUUCUUUCCAUCAGCUCGCUUGGUUAAUGGUUUCCAAAUUCGUGUGACAAGCCGCCAUCAUCUCGACUCAGAAUCGUUGUAAUAAUUGUUUGGAGUGAAAUUUCAUUUGUUUAUGUAUAAUUUUGUUCAGCACGAUAUGUAUUUUUCCUAACCUGUAAUUAUUUCUUUUUCUUA